GAUCGCAGUGUGGGUCAGACUCAGAAUCUAGUUUUGUUGUGAGGAAAAAAGAUGUUCAUGUUAAUUGAUUUGCUGCCACUUCUAGUGGGUCUGGGCUCUCUUUUACUGAAUGCGUGUGGAAGCGCAGCCUCCAUCAGCAAAGUUGGUCGGGAACAAGAGGAAUCGUCUCGCCACGACAGCAUCGCUCCUUCACAUACCUGUACCUGGUGCCCCUCCAUCAUCGGUCUCGGGAACCAAAAAACCGGCACCACCGCUGUCGCGCACGCGGUGAAUUUUCUCUUGCAGGAGGUGGGAAAAUGGAAGAGCGAGGACAUUUCGCUUCUCGUGGACCCACCAGAGAUCGACUUCAUCCGGCAACAUCGGGGGAGGACAAAUUUUUCGCACCCGUUGAGCGACUGGGAGAUCUGUGCGAGGUUGCGCCAGGCGAGAAGGCGCGACGACCGGCGGCUUGGGAGGGAGGAUAGCCUCGCGGAACUGGAUGCUACUCGUCGGGAUAAAGCAAAGGAAAGCCUGGUGCUCGUGAAAAGAACAGAAGAAACUGAACGAACAAAAGCUCCUUCAACGCCAGCCCAAGACGAAAAUGUUGAGCAACAUCUAACAAUUUUGAAGGUCCCCUCCAUUCUCCCGCACCUUCCCCGGUUCCAGCAGGUCUGUCCCUCAAGCAAAUUCUACCACGUGAUCCGCUCGCCCUUGCAGAACACGCGCUCCCUGCUCGACCGCCUGGCUCACCUUGGCGGGGACGCGCAGAAACAGACCAUGGCGGGCACACUGAUGACGCUGCUGUUACAUGACAAGCGACCGGAUUUGUGGCAGCAGUACAUUGCGAAGACGAACCUGAACGACCAAACGGCCGUGAUGGAAGAGGCCUGGGAAGAGGUGAUGAACGAGCCACUGGAGCCGCAGCUUUUGAUAUCCGUCGGCAUUGACCCGGAGCGCCUUAGACGGGUGCGCAUGGAGCAGCAGAGACGCGACGAAGAGGAAGAGAAAAGCGUCGGAGGUGGUGGAAGUAGUGCCCCUGCAGCUCGAGAGGGGACGUCGUCGCAACAAGUGGAGCUGCAUGACGGGCAAGGUGUGAAACUUGUGGGAAAAACCACCGCAACGUCAGAGGUAGAGUCCGAAGACUACCUGCAAGAUCACAAGACCGAGCGGAAGCGGCACCAAGUCGACAUUAUGACGCAGUACGAUCUACGGGACGUGCAGCUGCGGUUUGACCUGGAACACCAGGGCCGGAUGCGGUGGGAAAGCUUUGUGAAGAAAUUUGCGGAGCGGCACCUCGGGAAAUCGAAGUCCGGGGCGGAGAACUGCCGCUUGUACCACGAUUUGUUACUCAACAUUGAACACGAAACCUGGCACGCCAUCGUCAACGAAACGAGGCAACAGAUUUCGCUCCUGGCGAGUGGAGAUAGGUGGCGUGGUGUUGUUUCUCCAGGGCUUGAUGUUGUUGAUACAGAUGGUGCAGGAGGACGAGUUGCUGUUACCGAUCUUCACCUAGGUAGGUCACCGGAAGGGGAGCGAGAAGGCACUGUCGUGGCGCUAAAACAAAAGAAUGUGCCCCAGAACUCCUGCGUCGCCGGGUUCGUAUCAAGAUGGAUUGAUUUUGCGCUUCCGCUCGUGGAGGCAGCUUCCGGAGAAUUGACUCCAACGUCAGCGGCCUCUGCUGCCCCUGCCUCUGCAUCCGUGUACGCGCAACUGCAAACACGUCGGAAGUCAGGACCAGGAUCACAGGCAAAUCAAGCCCACGAUGACGAAAAGGGAGAUGAGACGACACAGAGAGAGGCCCUGGGACUCCGACUCCGGCCGGAAGUAAGGGUGCUGCAGCCGCUUCUCGAAUCGCCACCUGAAGCUGCUGGAGGAGAAGGAGAGUCUUCAGCUUUUAGAGGAGCAAGCUCUACUAUUCCGGUCCUCCGCUACGAAGACUUUCGAAAGUUUCCAGGCGAGAGUAUCGUUGCGCUGGUUAAUGCUUUAGGGAUCAAGACAAGGCCCGAGAACAACUACAUGGACCAUACUAGCGACCACCCCAAAGAUUUUAAAAAUCGGACCUUUUCGAUCCAAGCCGCGCGCGAGUCCGACUCGUUCCAACACGCUGCGCGAAUUCAACUGCAGCCGCGGGGCUGGGGACACGGAAAGUCCUUGUCGCAGAUUUUUUCGCGAUCGGACUGCCGAAACUUCUUCGGGCAGGAAGGUAGAAUAAUACGAAACCAAAAAGGCGUAGAUAUUGAACGUUUACCCGUAAAAAUACAGCCUCUCACAAGUAGUGGUAGAUCAAACACACUACAGCAUAGCAGGAAAAGGAGCUACGAUUUUGGCACUAUUGGUGAACUGUUGCAAUCGAUUGCGCCACUCUUUGGAUACUUUCCUGGUAUUGACGACAACGGUUUUUGUGUGGAAAAAGU